UACAAAAACAUGUGGGGUUUAUUACAUAUCGUAUUCAGCUUGAUCAUUUGUACUUUUGUUAACUGUGAAACAACUGAUAGCAAACAGAUAUCAGUUGCAGAAAUCGAAAAGAAGCUUGAAGAUGUUCUGAAUAUAAUGGAACAGCAGCAGUUGACAAUUACCAACUUACACAAAAUUCAGAUACGAUUAGUGGAUGAUGUGUUCCAUUUAGAAAAGAAAAAUAACAUUUUGUUUUUGGAAAAUAAACGCAUUCAAUCUCUGGUGCAUGGAACAUAUAGUUUGCGUCAGAAUUGCUGCAAACAACAAAAUAGAAUAAAAGAAGCAGGGGACAGAAGAUUGAGGACCAGAGUGACAGACAAUCUUUUAAAAAAUGCAAACCUGUGUAUUGAAAAAAGUAUUAACUGCAACAAAAAGCAUGUAAUUAAAAAAGAGGAAAUGAAAACAGAUGUUGAUUUACGAAAGAGACUGCUAGGCAGUGUUUCAAGAGAUAAUGUUGUAGCUUUCUCAGUGUCACUGUCACAGCACUUGACUUUAGGACCUAACCAGGCAGUUCAGUAUAACGAGAUAAUUACAAAUUUCGGCAAUGCAUACGAUUCUAGCCAUGGUCAUAUGAUAACGCCGAUAAAAGGGAUGUACAUUAUUGCAGUGACAUGUUUUAAUCAAGCUCAAGACACUGACAGACUAGAAUUAGUAAAAAACGGGAAUCUUGUAACCAGUUUCUAUACUCAAGGAGACAAUAGAUACGCUCCAAUGAGUCAAACAGUCGUCGUAUCCUUAGAAAAGGGAGAUGUCGUGUGGGUACGAAUGUUUAACCAACAAUCCUUAAGUGAUCAUCAUCUGUAUGGCCUACCAAAUCACUAUUACAAUACCUUUUCUGGGAUACUUGUAUUUCAGCUUUAA